AUGGAGAUGCUUAUUGUAGGUGGCUCCGAAACCACAUUCCUCUCCUUAACAUGGGCACUUUCUUUACUAUUAAACCAUCCCCAUGAGUUAAAAAGGGCCCAAAAUGAGUUGGACGUCCAUGUUGGCAAACAAAGACAUGUGGAGGAGUCAGAUAUAAAGAACCUUUUAUACCUUCAAGCCAUUGUCAAGGAAACACUCCGCCUAUAUCCACCUGGACCAGUAUUGCCUCGUCAAGCCAUGGAAGACUGCCAAUUGGGUGGGUAUCAUGUUCCAAAGGGCACACGUUUGCUUGUGAACGUAUGGAAACUACACAGAGACCCUAAUGUUUGGUCAGACCCAGAUGAGUUUAAGCCUGAGAGAUUUCUCACAACUCAUGCUAAUGUAGACUUCAAGGGUCAACAACACUAUUAUAUCCCAUUCAGUGCUGGUAGAAGGCCAUGCCCUGGUGUUGCUUUGGCCACAGAGAUCUUCCACUUGGCCCUUGCUCGUGUUCUUCAUGGAUUUGAUGUGAUGAACCCUUCGGAUGCACCAGUGGACAUGACUGAAGGUGUAAGCAUUACCUUACCCAAGGCAACCCCUCUUCAAGUUCUUCUCAAGCCACGUCUUCCUUUGAAGCUGUAUGAAGGGUAGACUUAGAAGUACAGAUGGAUCAGUAGAAAUUAAGGAGUUAGACAUUGUGAUAAUUUAUGAGUUAACAUUUAGAAUGUAUAACUUAAGGUUUGUCUGGCUGUAACCUAGGUUGGUUACAAAAGCUUUGUAAAAUUUUUUGAGUUUC